AAAGACAUAAGCAUUGCACAACACCGCUCGAGAACAUGGCACCGUGCCGUACGAAACGGCUUUCGCUUCUAGUUGAUGGCUACGGCAGCAGCACCGAAUGCAGCCAUGCAAGCCCAGCCCAGCAUCUCCGCCCCGCCAGUCCUGGCCGCAGCAUUGGGUUUUGUCGUGGUUGUCGCCUGUGUGGGGGCAGUCGUGGUGCUCGUAGACAAAGAAGGCGUGCUGGUGAUCCCAGCAGGAGUCGACGUCUGCGCAGCACCAGCCGAGGAUGUAUACGACGUGACUACCAAAUCCGUCGUGGUAGGUCUCACGAGGUCGAUACCCUGAAUCGUGCCGCCAAUGACGGUGACGCCAUUGUAAAUGUUUGUUCCGUCG